AUGGCUGAUGAACAAAUGAUGGGUGCUGAAGCUGAUGACAUUCAGUUUAUACGCACGGAAGAUCAUAUUUGUUUAAGUUGUGUGCCUGCAUCAGCAAUAAAACGUAUGGCACUGUCAGGUGACGCAUUUGGAAAUCGAAUGUGCUUCCUUGAAGAUAUUUCGAAUGAAGUGUGUUGUCCUGAUUUGGCAUCGUGUGUUUUUGCGCUUGAACAAGCUGUAUCGGUACGAGCUUUACAAGAAAUGGUUAACACAACUUCAACUGAACAAUCAUCAGCUAAUCAAGGUGGACAAACGUAUCGCACAUUAUUAUAUGGUCAUGCUGUUCUUCUUCGACAUUAUCGUAGUCAAAUGUACUUGAGCUGUUUAUCAACAAGUACGUCAAAUGACAAGCUUGCUUUUGAUGUAGGCUUAAAAGAAGAUGCGCAGGGCGAAUCUUGUUGGUGGACUAUUCAUCCAGCAUCAAAACAAAGAAGUGAAGGCGAAAAAGUGCGCUUUAAUGAUGACGUUAUUUUGGUGUCGGUGUUUUCUGAACGUUAUCUUCAUGCCUAUAUGUCAUCGAGCGAACGUGGCCGAGUCAAUGCAUCAUUUCGUCAACAAGUAUGGAGUCUUGUACCAAUAUCUAGUGGUGUAGCACGUGUUAAAAAUCCAGGUUUUGUUAUUGGUGGUGAUGUUUUACGAUUAACACAUGGUAAUAUGGAUCAUUGUAUUACCACGCCGCCACCAUCAGACUCUCAAGCAGUUGACGAUUCUGGAAGUUUAUUCAUCAAAGGUGGUGCUGCUUGUCAUCAAGCUCGAUCAUUAUGGCGUGUUGAAUGUUUUAAAACAAAAUGGUACAGUGGUUUUGUUGGUUGGUGUUCAUUAAUUCGCCUUCGUCAUAUUACAUCCGGUCUUUAUUUAGCUGUUAUUACUGAUGAAUCUGGUCCAAAAGUGACUUGCAUAUCGAAGAAGAAUGCAAGUCCUAUCGCCGUAACAUUCGAAAUGAAAAUGUCAAAAGAAAAACAAGUAGAAGAAAAUCAAGAAGAAGAUAAUUUAGGUGUACCGACAAUAAAAUAUGGUGAAACAAUUGUUUUUAUACGUCACGUUGAUUCUGACCUGUGGAUUAGUUAUGAAACACUUGAAUUGACAAUAAAAGGAAUUGGCAAAGUUGAAGAAAAACGAAUUAUCCCAGCUAUUGAAGGUCAUAUGGACGAUUGUUUUCGACUUGUUCGAGCUCAAGAAGAGGAACAAAAAACAGCAUUAGUCAUUCGCGUAUGCGAUGCUAUUCUCGGAAGAUUCAGUAGAACUGAUUCAAUGCCAAUUGAAGCCGAAGCCACAAAUCAUUUGCUCAGUAAAAGCGAUGUUAUACAAGCACUACUAUAUGAUUUAAUUGGCUUUUUUUCUCAACCAUCGCCCUCACUUGAUCACGAAGAGAAGCAACUUCGUCUUAAAGUAUUAAAAAAUCGACAAGAUUUAUUUCAAGAAGAAGGAAUGAUUCGCAUAUUAAUUGCGGCAAUAAAUUUCUUUAGUGAACGUCGUGAUAAAUCAACACUAUUAGAAGGUGUUGAAGAAAAAAUUGAAGAUAUUACAAAUAAACUUUAUGUCGUUUUGGCCGCGUUAAUCAAAGGUAAUCGUGUUAAUUGCUCAAAUUUUGCUCAAACAGCUCGACUCAACUGGCUUGUUAAUCGUCUACAAUCACAACACGCAUCGGGCGGCGUUCUAGAAGUACUUCAUAGUGUACUUGUCGACAGUCCCGAAGUAUUAAAUAUGAUUACAGAAUCACAUAUUCUUUCAAUUAUUGGAUUGCUUGAUAGAAAUGGCCGAGAUCCAAAAGUACUCGAUGUUCUUUGUUCACUUUGUGUUAAUAAUGGUGUAGCUGUUCGGGCUAAUCAAAAUCUUAUUUGUGGCAAUCUUUUACAACGGCAAGAUCUUCUUUUACACACAGCAUUAGUUGAUCAUGUUACUUGCAUGCGUCCAAAUAUUGUCGUUGGAGUUGAAGAUGGCGAAUCUAUGUAUAAAAAAUGGUACUUCGAAGUUGUUAUUGAUCAUAUAGAACAAGUGACUCAUGUUCAACCACAUAUUCGUGUCGGUUGGGCAACAACACAAUUUCAAUCAUCGCCUGGUCAUGGCGAUGGAUUUUCGUCGAAUGGUAUUGGCGAUAAUACAUAUUCGUAUGGUUUCGAUGGUCAAAACAUUUGGUUUGCUGGACGAGCCAAUAACGUAUCGAAUGAUGCACAACAAACUGUAUUUCAGAAAAAUGAUGUUAUCGGAUGUUUAUUAGAUUUAGAUAUACCGGAAAUGUGGUUUUCAUUAAACGGUCGCCCGGUUCGAGGCAUCGUUAGAGAAUUUAAUUUAACUGGUAUGUUUUAUCCAGCGAUAUCGUUAUCAUCUCGUGUCAGCUGUCGAUUUAUAUUCGGCGGCGAGCACGGCCGUUUUAUUCAUCGGCCACCUGAAGGCGUAGCGCCUCUCUAUGAAGCUAUGUUAAUAAAGCAAAAAGUUUCUAUUGAUCCAUGUUUUUCAUUUGGUAAUAUUGAACGAAACCGUCUCGAUGGACCAUCACCAAUUCAACAUAAUAUUGCAUUCACACCACAGCCCGUACGAACGAGUCAUAUUGUUUUACCACCCUAUUUGGACAGUGUGUGCGAUCGAUUGACUGUUAAUUCUCAUGAACUAUGGUGUAUGAAUAAAAUCGCUAAUGGUUGGCGAUUUGCCGAAUGUCGAGAUGAUGCUCAAAAGAUAAGUCCAUGUCUAACAUCGUUCGAUAAUCUUCCACCAGAAGACAAACAACAUAAUGCAACCACAACAAUAGAAAAUUUAAAAAGUUUAUUAGCAUAUGGCUAUCACAUUGGAAUGGAAGUAAAAACCGACGAUCGUCGAUUAAAAUAUAUUAAAUUAUCGGCUACAUAUACACAAUCGAAUGGCUAUAGACCUCAACCAUUAGAUUUAUCAAACGUUGUUCUAUCAGCAAAAAUGGAUGAAUUAGUCGAAUUAUUGGCUGAAAAUACGCAUAAUGUUUGGGCAGCGGGUAGAAUUAAAGAUGGAUUUACUUAUGGUAUAUCAGAUGUAAGCUCAUUUGGAAAUACCAAUGAAAGUCACUUACAGUGGACGGGAACAGAAUUCGGUUUAGCUGGAAGAAAUUUAUUGAAUCCACACAACAAGCGAAGUCCGUAUUUACUUCCAUAUUCAAUCAUUGAUGAUAGUAUUAAAAAAAUCAAUCGCGAUACAGCAAGCGAGAUUGUUAAAACUCUUCUUGCUGUUGGCUAUACGAUUGAUGCGCCAACAGGCGACAUUGAAGAUCUUAAUCGACGUAGUAAAGAUGUUAAACCUACUGAACCUAUGUCAAAUUAUCGAACAUAUCGUGCCGAACAAACAUUUGCUGUAACACGUGGCAAAUGGUACUAUGAAGUUGAAUUAUUAACACCGGGUCGAAUGUUAGUCGGAUGGGCACAUGCAUCAAAACUCGGCUCAUUUUAUCCGCUCGGUUCGGAUUCGUACGGAUAUGCGUUUGAUGGUUUAAAUGCACGACGUUGCCAUCAUAAUUCAUUUGAUAGAUUUGGAAAAAAAUGGACAAAAAACGAUGUUGUUGGUUGUAUGAUUGAUUUGCACGAUAAAACAAUUAGUUUUUCAUUAAAUGGCGAAUUAAUGUUAGAUAAUUUUGGUAGUGAAACAGCUUUUGAUGGGCUUGAACUGGACGAUGUUGGUUUUGUACCAGCAAUCACAUCAUUCAGUGGACAAAGAGCUCGAUUAAAUUUUGGACAAGACUAUAAUACAUUAAAAUAUUUUACAUCAUGUGGUUUACAAGAAGGAUAUGAACCAUUUUGUGUAAACAUGUCGCGAAAUUUAACAUUUUGGUAUUCGAAUUUUAUUCCUCGUUUUCAACCAAUCAAAUCAGACUCAUCAUCUUGGGGAGUUACUCGUACCGGUGCAAGUCGUGAUAGUCCACCAAUAAUUAAACUUGAAUCUCGAUUAUUUGGUACAUUAGAAAAGGUCGAACUUGAAUUUCUUCGCCUAUCAUUGCCUCUAGCAUGUCAUGAUAAAUUUUCAUCGAGACAUGCCACUCUUGAACGUCGUCAACGUGCAUUAAAUGAAUAUGCUGAAGCUCAUGGCGAUAAAAAUGUAUUUCUUUUUCCAUCAAAGGCUGGUUCACCGAAUCCAACGGGCCAAGUAGAAACUUCAGUAGAUACUAAAUCUCAAUCUGAUCAAGCCAAUGAACUUGUAAAAAGCCUCGAUCAACCAGCAUCGAAGAAAACGUCAGGACAAAAAGAUAGCAAGUCAAAUGCCAAGCCAUCAAAGAAAAAAGGUAACUUUUUUCAAUCGCUAUUAAAAGAAGAACAACAAGUACCACGAUAUCAACAACCUAAUAGACGUACUGGCAACUCAAUCACUGAUCCAACGACAGUAACUGUACAUCUCCCACAGCCAACAUUAAAACCAACAGCAAGACAAACAAAUAAUGUACCAAGAAGCUCUCUUAAUGAAAAUGAUCUUGAAUUUUCCGACCAACAAACAAAUGAUUUAGUCGAUGAUAUACGUAUUACUAAUGAACAUGUUCAUGAAUAUUAUUAUGCUGUAAGAAUUUUACCUGGUCAAAAUCCACGUUCAGUAUUUAUCGGUUGGGUUACAUCACGAUAUCGGCCUAUGAGUCGGCCCGAUGACACAGCCACAAAUAAAUUAUUGAAACUUGUUCGAAAUUGUACGAUAACGCAAACUAGAGACAAUGGAUCAAUUAUUGAUAGCGUUCGACGACAAGACGGUUAUAUGUGUUGUGCAGGUGAUCUAUUAGACAAUAUGCCUGAUAAAGAAAAUGUUGCUAGACGUGUUGCUAAUGGCUUACUAAUUGGAUGUUUAUGUGAUGUGUCAACUGGUAUUUUAAUAUUUUAUGUUAACGGACGAGAGUCAACGCAAAAAUUUCAAGUUGAACCAAGCACAAAGCUUUAUCCAGCUGUAUUUGUCGAACCAACAGUUAAAGAAGGCAUACAAAUUGAAUUAGGCCGCAUCAAAAAUUGUUUACCAUUAUCAGCUGCUCUAUUUCCAAGUUUAAAUCGUGAAGAAAGAUUUAUUCCUAAAUUACCACCUCGUUUACAUUUACAAUCACUUGUUCAUUGUCAUUGGUCACGUGUACCAAAUGCAAAUAUUCGUUGUCAACAAUUAAAAUUAUCCGAUACUCGUGGAUGGAGUGUAUUUGUUGAAGAUGCUGUUCAAAUGGAAGCUGUUUAUAUUCCGGAAGAUGAUCAAUGUACUGAUAUUUUAAGUUUAGUUGAAAAUGAAGAUAAUUUAAAUUUUUGCUCGAAUACAUUAAGAUUAUAUACUGCUCUAUGUGCUCAAGGUAAUAAUCGUGUAUCACAUGAAAUAUGCAAAUACGUGGAUGAAAAACAAUUGAUGUACUGCGUAAGAAAUGCUUAUCUAUGCGGAUCUAUUCGCAUUGGUAUUUAUAAUUUACUUGUUGCUUUACAUUUUGAAUCACAUAUCAAAGCAAGAUGUUUAACUUCAACAGAAUUUAUUAUUCCUCUAUCAGAUUCACUUCAAACGAAUCGUUUAUUGCAUCCGCACAAUUCAAUCGAACACAAGCACGCAUUGGCAACAUCAACAUUUAUACCAGCUAUGGAACAAUUUAUGGCUGUACGACCUAAAUUAAUUAAAGAAGAAGACUUUAAAGUUGAACGUGAACGAAAAUUACUUGUUCCACCUCCAUUCAAUGUUUUAAAUCUCAAAGAAUAUAUCAUGAGUUCUUUAACUGAUGCUAUUGAAAAAAGUUCCCGUCAUCUACGUGAUCCAGCCGGUGGAACAUACGCAAAUUGGCUUGUACCAUUACUUCAACUGGUUGAUGCACUUCUUGUCAUGGGAACACUCGAAGUAAAUGACAUUCAACAAUUAUUACGUUUAAUCGAUCCAACAUCAUUUGGCUUUGAGAAUGAAGAAAGUUUUAAUGAAGGUUUACUUCAAAUGACAUUAGACGAGCCCGUUAAACUUCAACUGUGCCAUAUUUUACAACAUUUAUGUGAUUAUCAAUUACAAUAUCGUAUCGAAAGUAUUAUUGCAUUUUCAGAAGAUUUUGUUGGAAAAUUACAAGCAGAUCAAAAACGACGAUAUCAAGUUUUAAAAGAAUUAAGUUUGCCACCCGCAAUCAUGGCACGAAAAACCCGAGAAUUCCGUUGUCCACCGAAAGAUCAAAUGCACGCAUUAAUCAAUUUUAAAGAUGAUUUAGCUGAUUUUACGCUUUUCAAUGAAGAUAUUGAAGACGAAAUAAAAGAUAUGCUAAAAGAUUUUCACUCAACUUUAAUCAUUAUACAGCAAAUUGUCCAGACGAAUUAUGUCACCGGUGGACAAUCCGAUAUUAAAGAUAUGGAUAAAACUGAACAAAUUUCAUUAUUUUCACGUUUACUUGAAAUUCUCAUACGACAUGCCGUCAACAAGAAAAAUGAAGAAAUUGUACAUGUUGAGAAACAAAUGUUUCCUAAAUCAGGAAAAACUCUUAGUGAAGUAAUUAAAGAAGCCGUUACUCAAUGGGGACGAUCAACAAAUAUUAGUGACCAUAAUUUAACUCGAGAAAUGUUUAAAUUGAUUUACAAUCAAUAUGAUGGUGUUCAACAGAUCUCUCGAUGCCUCGAACGAACUUAUGUCAUAAAUGAAAAAUCUGUUCCUGACAUAACACUACUAUUACGUAAAUUAAGCAUAAUUCGUGCUCUCUUAACUGUUCAAAUGGAUUCAGAUGAAGAAGCAAUAAUGAUAUCUUGUUUAAAUGACAUAAUGGACAAUCGAGUAUUCUAUCAACAUCCGGAUCUAAUGCGUUCGCUUUGCGUACAUGAAACGGUCAUGGCUAUUAUGGUUAAUCGUUUAAAUAAAAGCAAACAAGAACAAACAUCAAUGUCAUCGAUGAGUGAUCUCGAUGGUAUUACGCAAGCAAACGAAGGUGGAGAAAACCAAGAUAGCCAUUCGCCUAAAGAAGAUAAAGUUGAAUUGGUAACAACAUGUUGCAAAUUUCUAUCAUACUUUUGUCGUACAUCACGUCAUAAUCAACGAGCUAUGUUUGAACAUUUGAGUUAUCUAUUAGAAAAUAGUUCGAUGUUGCUUUCUCGGCCGUCACUUCGCGGUUCAGCACCGCUGGACGUUGCCAGUGCUAGUGUGAUGGACAAUAAUGAAUUAGCAUUGGCUUUACGUGAAUCACAUUUAGAAAAAAUAGCUUCGUAUUUGUCACGUUGUGGUACAACAAGAAACGAAGAAUUAUUUGUACAAGGUUAUCAUGAUAUUGGUUGGGAUCCAGUCGAUGGAGAACGAUUUCUUGAUUUUCUUAAAUUUUGCGUGUGGGUCAAUGGUGAUACGGUCGAAGAAAAUGCGGAUUUGGUUGUACGGUUACUUAUUCGUCGACCCGAUUGUUUAGGUCCAGCAUUGAGAGGCGAAGGUGGAGGUUUACUUAAGGCAAUAAAAGAAGGUAUUGCGCAAUCGCUUUAUAUUGCCCGACGACAAAAUCCGGACGAUCCUGUUAUACAAGCUGCUUAUCAAGAAAUAAUCGAUGAUGAAAGCAUGCAUAAUUUAAAUGAAGAAUAUGAUCAUCUUCAAGUUCGUUUACCAUAUACUGAUGAUGAAGAAUAUAUCGAUUUGGGUGCUGCUGAACUAUCAUUUUAUGCUAUUCUCGUCGAAUUAUUAGGUCGAUGUGCACCGUCAGAAGAAACGAUUAAUAUGGGAAAGCCAAAUGCCAUCCGAGCGAAAUCAAUUCUUAAAAGUCUUGUUUCCAUGCAUGAUCUGGAAGGUGUUCUUUGCCUGAAAUUUCUUCUGUCAACUGAAAAUUCAAUGCCGCCUGGUCUUCAACCGGCUCAUAAAAUGUCAAUUGUACUCUUUCUUGAACGUGUCUACGGGAUUCCAGAUCAAGAAACAUUCUUUCGUCUCAUUGAAGAAGCAUUUCUUCCCGAUAUUCGCUGUGCUACUAUUCUCGAUAUGGCAGCCGUAUCGGAAAGUGAUUUAGCAUUGGCAUUAAAUCGUUAUCUGUGUAAUAGUGUUAUACCAUUAAUGACAUCACACGCACAUUACUUUGAAGAUUGUGAUCAUCGAUCAUCACUUCUCGAAUCUAUAUUACAUACUAUUUAUCGUUUAUCAAAAUGUCGUUCAUUAACUAAAAAUCAACUUGAUAGUGUUUGUGAAUUUUUACUCGCAUUUGCAAGCACAUUAAAACCGUCAAUGAUGACGCCAUUGUUAAGAAAACUUGUUCAUGAUGUACCAGCCUUAACAGAUCAAACUAUAGUACCAUUGCGAAUGCUUACACAAUGGUAUGAACACUGCAGUCGAUAUUAUACAAUUUCUGCUACAGAAGAAGAGAAACGUUUAACGAUGAUGCUGUUUCAAAAAAUUUUCGAUGCACUUGCAUCUCGAGCUUAUGAUCCUGAAUUGUUUGGUAAAGCACUUCCAUGUUUAACAGCCAUUGGUAGUGCUUUGCCACCGGAUUAUGCUUAUUCAAUAACUCGACAAGAUUAUUUGAAUGAUGAACGAGAAAAAGUUGAAAUGUCUCGUAGUUAUGAACCCAGUCCAGCUAAUAUAUCAAGCGUUGUAUUGAGUCCGGCAUUGGAAGAGUUUGUUAAAGCUUAUGCUGAAAGUGUUCAUGAUCAAUGGUCAUAUGCUAAAAUCGAACAAGGUUGGAUGUAUGGUGAACAAAUCAAUGAUAAAUACCGUCUACAUCCCAACUUAAAACCAUAUAAAUCUCUUGAUCGAAAGGCUGUUGCUAAACUUGAAGAACCUGCUCGGGAUGCAUUGAAAUCUAUUGAAAAAAUACAAUUUCAUUUAGAAAAAACUGACACUGGUGUAACACGUAUUGCUACUAAACCAUUACAACUUAAAAAACAAAAAGAUCAAAAUGCACCAGAUUAUACACCAAAAGCAAUGGACUUCAAUAGUGUAACAAUGAAUCGAGAUAUGCAGGAUUUAUCUGAAGCUUUAGCUCGCAAUGCUCAUGAAAUUUGGGCAAAACAUUUGAAAGAUGGUCUUGCUGCAAUAGGCGGCGGCCUUCAUUCUCGUCUUGUUCCAUAUGAAUUAUUAACUGAUAAAGAAAAACAAAAGGAUUUGAAAUUCUAUCAAGACCUGGUUAAAUAUCUGAGUAUAUUUGGAUAUCGGGUUGUCAAAAAUACCCAAGAAAAAGAUGCAGCUAAUUCAAAUUUGUCGUUACGUGUUGCUUCGGUGACAUCAUUAGGAAAUGAAAAGCGUUUUGCAUAUAGUUUAUUAGAAAAAUUACUUGAAUAUCUUGAUCGUGCAUCCGCAACAAUGCACAAUUAUAAACAAAGUUCGAAAUAUUCAUUGCAUGAAACUUAUCUUUUAGCAACGAAAGACGUGAAAUUUUUCGGAAAAGUUGUUUUACCACUUAUUGAAAAAUAUUUUCGAUCGCAUAGAAAUUAUUUUAUUAUGCCAUCAUCAUUAAAAACUGGUAUGGGCAAUGCUUCGGUCAAAGAAAAAGAAAUGAGCUGUAGUUUAUUUUGUAAAUUGGCAUUUUUACUUCGACAAAAAUUUAGUGCAUUUGGCAAUGAUGUUAGUAUUACAGUUCGUUGCUUGAAAGUGCUCGUACGAGCUAUUGAUGUUAGCUCCGUAAUGAAAAACAGUCAAGAAAUGGUCCGCGCGUCAUUGUUGCCUUUAUUUAAUAAUAUUGCUGAAGAUCUUAAUCAAACUGUGCAAAAUCUUGAACAGAAACGUUAUAGUAAUAUAAAGGGAACAUUACAACGUGGAACAACUAGUCUGGCGUAUAUGCAUAUGGUUCUUUUGCCUAUGCUCUCAUCAUUACUUGAUCAUUUGGGAAAAAAUCAUUACGGUGUCGAUGUAUUCGAAAAUGAAAUUCAAUUGGCCGGCUAUAAAAUUCUAAAUGCUCUGUGGAUUAUUGGAACAAAAGGACGAACAUUUGUCGAUCGUGAAUGGAUUAUUGAAGAACUAAAUCGUCAUCGGCCAUUGCUCGGCGAUUGUCUAAGUUCCUUCGCAGCAUGUUUUCCUAUCGCAUUCUUUGAACCUGAAUUUAAUGGAAAUAACAAACAUGGAUCCGAUGUUUCACAAUUAUCACCGGAAGCGCAUGAUGUGAUGACAAAUAUUUCAAGGACAAUCCCUCAAUUAACAAAUUUAAUAGCAGAUAUUGAAGAACAUGCAGAGGCACGAGUGCCCUAUGAAGAUGCUCCGUAUGUUGUUGAAGUUAUUCUUCCGUGUAUUUGUUCUUAUAUAUCAUGUUGGUGGUCAUUGGGGCCAGAAAAGGUUAAACAAUCAACUGAACCAAAGGUAACAAAUGUCACAGCAAGUCACAUGAAUUCGGUGUUAGCAAGUGUGUUAAAAUUAAUUAAUAAUAAUGUUGAUGCUGUUGAAGCUCCAUGGAUGAAACGUAUUGCAGUGUAUACUCAAUCAAUUAUUUUCAAUUCCUCACCAAAUCUCAUUGAACUCAGCUUUUUACCUGUAUCAGAACGUUUAAAAAUAAAGGCCGAUGAUUUAUAUUCACAAGAACAAUCAUUAAAAAAUGCAACACGCUUAGAAUCGUCUGAACGUGAAGAUCUUGAGUCAACUCUAAUGAAGGGUUAUGAAAUUCUUGUUCGUGAUAUUUACGCCUUCGAACCAUUGUUAAUAAAAUAUGUCGAUAUCCAUCGAUCACAUUGGCUUAAACACAGUGAUAUACAUGCUGCAAAUUUAUAUAAUAAUAUGGCUGAAGUAUUUUCAGUUUGGUGUAGAUCAAAAUAUUUGAAACGCGAAGAAUUAAAUUUUGUAACUACAAACAAUAUUGAUAAUACGAGCAUGUUGAUGCCAAGUGGAACAAACCAAACACCCGAUGCGCUUUUAAUGAAAGGUUCACAUGAUCUUAGUGGAAAACAAAAACGAAAAAAACGUCGAGUUGAUAAAGACAAGUUUACAUCAUUAAAUGUUGCCUGUAUUAAACGUUUAUUGACUAUUGGAAUGAAUACAUUCGGUGGACGAGAACAAGAACUUGUUCAAUUAGCUAAACAUAAAAUGAUUGAAGGCGAACUGAUUAAUAAGAAUAAUUGGCAAAGUGCAUUAUAUCGAAAGAUUGGAUCGAAAUUGCAAAAUAGCGGUACAACUCAUUCUCAAGAAACAUCAAUAGAGCAUAUGUUAAAAAUGGCGAAAGUUCUAUUUGGUUUAAAUUUUGUCGAUCAUCCUACAGCACAUCGACGUGACACAUGGCGAAAACUUGUUUCAUCUCAACGCAAACGAGCUAUUAUGGCUUGUUUCCGCAUGGCACCUCUACAUUCUGUAGCCCGGCAUCGAGCUAUGAAUAUGUUUCUACGUGGCUAUCGAGACGUGUGGUUAGACGCUGAAGAAGACAUACGUGCACAAUUGAUUAAAGACCUUUGUGAUGAUCCGAAUGAAGUUAAUGAACCAGUUGCAACGCCAAUGGGCGAAGAGGCAGAAGCCGACGCUGAAAAUUUAGCAUUAACUGCAGCAACUAAACCAGAUCCAUUAAAACAAUUAUUACAAUGUUUAAAUCGUGUCGCAACGACGGCUCAAGUUUUUUCAAUUACUGAAGAUAUUGUUUAUUCAUCUUAUUCAGCAAUCAUGAGCAAAAGUUGUGUUAUUGCUGAAGACGAUGAUGAUGGAGGAGCAGAAGAAGUCAAAUCAUUUCAGGAACAAGAAAUGGAAAAGCAAAAAUUACUCUACGAACAAAAUCGAUUGGCAAAUCGUGGUGCUGCUGAAACUGUUCUAUUGUACAUAAGUGCAAGCAAAGGUGAAAAUAAUGAAAUGCUUCGACGAACAUUACAACUUGGCAUAUCAUUAUUACAUGGUGGUAAUCGAGAAGUUCAAAAACGGAUGUUAAACUACUUAAAAGAAACAAAAGAUGUUGGAUGUUUUACUUCAUUAGCAACACUCAUGGCUAAUUGUGGUGUACUCGAUCUUGAUACACAUGAACGUUGUAUUAAAGCAGAAGUACUUGGUGUUGGGUCCGAAGGAAUGGCCGGAGAAAAAAAUUUACAUGAUGCUGAUUUUAUAAUAUCGUUAUUCCGUUUCUGUCAGCUAUUAUGCGAAGGACAUAAUCUUGAAUUUCAAAAUUAUCUUCGUUUACAAGCUGGAAGCAGUACGAAUGUGAAUAUUAUCAUUUGUACGGUUGAUUAUUUACUUCGUCUACAAGAAUCGAUCAUGGAUUUCUAUUGGCAUUAUUCUGGCAAAGAAACGGUUGAUGCACAUGGAAAAGAAAAUCUCUGUCGAGCUAUUAGUGUUGCUAAACAAGUUUUUAAUACUUUGACGGAAUAUAUUCAGGGCCCAUGUCCACAAAAUCAAUUGGCACUGGCAAACAGUCGUUUGUGGGAUGCAAUCGCUGGAUUUCUCUAUAUUUUUGCACAUUUACAAAGAAAACUAUCUCAAGAUCCAACUCAAAUUGAAUUAUUACGUGAACUAAUGAAACUACAAAAAGAUAUGAUUAUUAUGCUAUUGUCUAUGCUUGAAGGAAAUGUUCUCAAUGGACCAAUUGGUAAACAAAUGGUUGACAGUUUAAUUGAAUCUCAAGUCAAUGUUGAAUUAUUAUUACAAUUUUUCGAUAUAUUCCUUAAGAUAAAAGAUUUAACAACAUCGGAAGCGUUUCAAGAAUUCGAUGCCAACAGAGAUGGAUUUAUUUCACCGAAAGAAUUUCGUCGAGCUAUGGAAGCACAAAAAAUCUAUUCAAGUCAAGAUAUGGAUUAUAUCUUAAAUUGUGUUGAUAUAAAUCAAGAUGGAAAAAUUGAUUUUAUCGAAUUUACCGGACGCUUUCACAAUCCCGCUCGAGAUAUUGGUUUUAAUAUGGCUGUUUUAUUAACGAAUUUAUCCGAACAUAUGCCACAUGAUCUACGUUUACUACGUUUAAUGGAUAAAGCUAAAAGUUUUCUAUCGUACUUUCAAGAUCAUCUCGGUAGAAUUGAAAUUAAAGGUGGCGCUGGUUAUAUUGAACGAGUCUAUUUCGAAAUCAAUGAGUCUAACAUUGAACAAUGGAAUAAACCACAUAUCAAAGAAUCGAAAAAAGCAUUUUUACAUUUAGUGGUUAACGAAGCAGAUGAUAAAGAAAAACUAGAACAAUUUAUUAACUUUUGUGAAGAUACCAUUUUUGAAAUGCAGCACGCCGUUGCUAUCAGUGGCGAAGAAGACGACCAAACGAGUCACGGAGAGAGAUCGUCGAGUUCUGAAUCUAGUGCUGCUCAACAAACACCAUCGCAACCUUUGAAAGUAGCUGCUUCAUACGCAUGGACGAGUAUUAAAUAUCUAUUUAAUUUACUUCGUCCGGCAACACUUACUGACGCUUAUCAUCGGGUUCGACAAAUGACAUUUAAAGAUAUGAUUAGAAAUCUAUUUUUGCUACUUAUCAAAUGUAUACAAUUAUUAUUAGUCAUGAUGGUUUGCAUUUUCAAAACAAUAACAUAUUGUCUUUGGACUUUGAUGGCGGAAGACGAACCAAAAGAGGCAUCAAUACCGGAACGAACUUCUGUGCCAUUACAAGCUAAGCGGCAUGAUUAUCGUCUACCUUCGAUUAGUAUGUCACCGAAAGGUUUUGCAGACAGUGAAGACUUAGUACCAGUGAGUGCUUUUGGAGUUGAUAUCAAUCUAGAUUCAGAACCAAAAUAUAGAAUGUCUUUAACUGCUGAACAAAUCAGGCAACUUAGUUUGGAUAGUACUCGAUCAUUAGAUUCACAACACAAAUCUUCACUUAUGGCAAAUGGGGAUUCGGCUGUAAGCCAGUCUUUAACUACAACAACGGUUGCGGUGCCUUUUAAAUCACAGACAACUACGGCAAUCAAUGGAAUCGAAAAAUUGAAAAGUGCACUUGAAGGAAAUACUCAAGUUGAACAUCAACAAAAGAGAAUCUCAAGUACUGUCAAUGGUAUGGCAGCCGAAGAGGACGAUUCCACUCCUGCAGCGCCACCAGCAGGAACAGAUUUUGGAAAGAAAGCUCUUGCAAUCCCAAUAGCGACCGCAUUUACUGAUUCAGGGUCGCUCGAACAAAUUGAAGAUGGUGACGAUGGUGACGAUGAUGACAAUGAAAUAAUAGUUAUGGAUCCAAAGAACCAUUAUUUAAUUUAUUUACUGCGAUUAGCUGCAUUUUUACAUUCAUUAUUUGCAUUUCUAAUGAUGAUUAGUUAUUAUAAAUUAAAAGUACCAUUAGUCAUAUUUAAACGAGAAAAAGAAAUAGCUCGGAAAUUAGAAUUCGAAGGCGCGUGGUUAAUCGAUCAACCAAGUGAAAGUGGUUCGUGGAUAUUAUCCUAUUUAUCACGUGAAUGGCAUAAACUUGUUAUAAGUUCGAAAUCAUUUCCUGAUUCUUAUUGGGAUAAAUUCGUCAAGAAAAAAGUUCGAAAUAAAUAUUCCGAUCAAUUUGAUUAUGACGAAUUAACUCGAUUUUUGGGCAUGGAAAAAAAUGAUGCAUCAGGAAAAUUUGAAAUCGUCAAACCAAUUGAAACUGGUCUAUGGGCAAAAAUUAAAUCUAUUGAUAUGCGUUAUCAAGUUUGGAAAUGGGGUGUUAUUUUUACCGAUAAUUCAUUUCUCUACGUAUUCUUCUACUUUUUAUUUUCUGUCGUUGGUAAUUUUGCAUUUUUUGUCUAUGCAAUUCAUUUACUUGAUGUUGCAAUAAGUAUAAAAUCGUUGAGUACAAUAUUAAAAUCGAUAACACACAAUGGCCGACAAUUAAUGUUAACAAUCAUGUUAAUGACUGUUGUCGUUUAUCUUUAUACAGUGGUUGCAUUUAAUUUUUUUCGUAAAUUUUAUACGAAAGAAGAAGAUGAAGAACGAGAAGAAAACUGCAAAGAUAUGCUUACUUGUUUUAAAUUUCAUCUUUAUUCGGGUAUUCGAGCUGGUGGAGGUAUUGGUGAUGAACUCGAAUCACCUAAUGGUGAUCCACUGGAACUAUUUCGAAUUAUUUUUGAUAUAACAUUCUUCUUCUUUAUCAUUGUUAUACUUCUUGCUAUUAUUCAAGGUUUGAUUAUUGAUGCAUUUGGUGAUCUACGUGAACAACUUGAAUCAGUUAAAGAAACACUUGAAUCAAAAUGUUUUAUUUGCGGCAUUGGUCAAGAUUAUUUUGAUAAAGAACCACAUGGAUUUGAAACUCAUACACAAGCAGAACAUAAUUUUGCAAAUUACAUGUUCUUUUUAACACAUCUUCUUAAUAAACCUGAUACAGAACAUACGGGACAAGAGAGUUAUGUUUGGGAAAUGUAUCAGAGUCGUAAGUGGGAUUUUUUCCCUAUUGGUGAUUGUUUUCGACGUCAAUACGAAGGAGGUGGUAGUGGAACAACAGCGGAGAGUUAA